AGGAGAAGUGUAGCUAGUCACAUUUUCUUUAGUAAAAUAGGAUAUAGACAGGUAAUGAAGCACAUUCCACAUACAUUUUGAUUUGGGGUAUAGCAGAUAGAUACCCCUAUGUUUUGCUACAAUGCUGCAUCAUUACAUUUGAAAGUAACUUUAUUUGUGUAACUCAGGGUUGGUACACUAUAACUUUGUGAUAUAAUGAUGAUAGGACACUGAUAUUCAGAAUAUGAGUAUGAUAAGAUGCAAACAGACAUCACUUUCAUACAGCUGUUCAUAGACUGUGCUGAGAAGUCUAAAAACAAAUCUUACUAUGAAGUGUCUGUCUACAAAUUUGCUUGACAUGUAUUUUACAAUUCUGGGAAGAAGCUAACACUAAAAGGCAUUUCAGUAUACACACACAAACAAGGACUGUCAAUGUUUGCAGUAAUGGCAGCCAGGGAGGUGGUUGGCCAGACGCUGUGUUGUCACAAGCCGCCCAACGCAGUGAAAGCUCUGGAGCAGAGAAUUAUUGUUAGCCUACAGAAUGAGAAGACAUGGUGGCACUGACAAGUUUAACUGGUGGUGUGCUGGUUCCUAGCUAUACACUGAAACAUACAACAAAGAAAUGGAAGAGUAUCUAUGAAUCCAAGUCUGCACACAGCAGCUGUAAUGCAAGCGACAUGCUGCACAGCCCUGACUCCUUCAGCUCCAAGAAAGAAGAUGAAGAUUUAAACAAUGUCCUAGAAUUUGUGUUGUCAAUGGGGGCAGACAAAAAUGUCCAAACAUGUGGAGACUACUCAAUGUUACCUCCAGAAUCCUGCACUUACUACCAAACAACCCCUUCUCCAGGGGGCUACAGCACAGACCACAGUCCCCCUGCUUACAGCUCAACCAGCCUCAUGACUGAGCUGAUGAGAUCUGACAUGGACAACUAUUGCCACCCAAACAAUGUUCAGGGGAGGUUUUUUGUGUCUUCAAACUUUGACUUUCCAGAUUCCAUAAAAGCAGAGCCAGCUAUGGAUUCCUAUGGACCUAUAAUCGGCUUGGUGCCUCAAUCAUGUUCAAAAAUUAAACAGGAAGGUAGUGCUGCUUGCAUGAUGGCAUAUGACCAGCCAAGACUGGCCAACUCUCCACAGAUGGGUGGCAUUGACACGCCACCUCUAAGCCCAGAUGAUUUGAUGUUAAAUGAUUGCCAAACACAGCUAAUCUGCCACCCUACCCUGCCAUACCCCCACAACUAUCAGAAUACAGCUACCUUCCAGCAUCCACCUUCCAUCCAGUAUCAAAGUGCCUCACAGUACAGUAACUUGUUUGAGGACAAUUUACCUAUGCAGCAGUCUGCUACAAGGGGUGUCAUAACUCCUCCCUGUUCUCCGCUUGAAAUCCUGGAUACCAAACCAAAGAGAGGACGCCGAUCGUGGCCCAGAAAGCGAACUGCUACGCACACAUGCUCCUAUGCUGGUUGUGGGAAGACUUAUACAAAGAGCUCUCAUCUCAAGGCACAUCUAAGAACGCAUACUGGUGAAAAACCUUAUCACUGCAACUGGGAAGGAUGUGGAUGGAAAUUCGCCAGAUCCGAUGAACUUACUCGCCACUUCCGUAAACACACUGGCCAUCGUCCAUUCCAGUGCCACCUGUGUGACCGUGCCUUCUCACGAUCCGACCACUUGGCCCUGCACAUGAAGAGGCACAUGUAAAACUUGGACUGUGGCCACUUAUUCUGGACUUUAUGUGGGUUACACUAUAGCUGGUACUGUAUGGAGGGUGAGCUUCCCUCCUGUAACUCUAGUGGACCUUGCAAGGAAUGACUUCUUCUCUUAAAGAAGACACAGGCUGGACCUAAUAACUUGAACUUGUGCAUUAACUGGAGAACCUCAUGGAUGGGGUUAUUUCUAAGUGUUUGGAUAUAAAAUCUUAAUGAUUGUGUUAACCCUUUGCUUGCUUUAACAGCAGCAAAAAGUAUUAAGGGGCAUUUAUUGUUAAAUGUGGGAUUGAAAAAAAAAAAAUCCUAACCAUGUUACAUUAUAUAAUACAGACUAUCUCAAUGUAGUUAUAAUCUUCUACGUUCUUCCUGCAGUAUGCAAUUUGGCACUUGUCUCAGGUCCUAUCACUAAAGUACACAGCUCUUCCAUUCCCCGAAUGUAAAUCUGACAUGGGGUACUUGUUACUCACUGUAGUGUAUAUGAUCUGGGUAAUGUCUUCCAGAAGAACUGAGAUUAUGAUGAUCUGUAUAAUAUAAUGCAGUGGUAAGUGCAUUUUCUCAACAUUCCAUUAUUUAACUCGAUUGUAACUGCCUAUUACUGGACAAUGUUUGUAUGAAACUGCCGUAAUCUUGACGGGAUAAACAUUUGAAUAUCCGAUGUUUCAUUAAAUAUAUAAAUUGCAUUAAGAAUUUAUUUUUUUUUCCCUUUCCUUUUGGAAUAUAUUUUUAUAUAGACAGUGUUUGCCACAUUACACUAUAAAACUGCAGGGCUAGAGGUCUUGCAAGAAAAUAUAAAUAUCCUUUUUAUAUUGUAUUUAUAUGUAAUUAUAUAAAUUUGUAAAUAAGUUUCUUCAAUGUAAACUAUGUAUAGUGUAAAUAUGACUACAAAUGGCAUGUUGCCAUUUUUGUUUUAAGGAGAGGGAAUAGAUUUUCAUUGACCUGCAAUUUUUUUAUUUUUUUUUAUCUCCUCCCCCCCCCCCCCCUAAAUAAAAUAAAUAAUUAACAUAA